AUGGCAUCAAAUGUGGGAGAUGAUGCAUCCCAGAGUGCAGUGGGCGGUCCCUCUGCAGGCAGCAGCGUUGCUCAGCUGAAGUCAUAUUUUGAAGAGCUGGAGGAGAAGCUGAGAGUGAAGGUCACCUCAAUGCCCACUAAAUGCCAGCUUCAGCGGACGCUCAUGGCAAAAACCCACAACUUGCUGGAGACCAUGACUGGCCCAUUUCCUUUACAAUGUUUAGACGACAUUCCAGUUGAAAUAAAAUCUCCCACAUGGGCUCUGCAGUCCAACAACUCCAAACAGGAUGUGGGGGCCGCAAAGGCUGUUUAUAAGAGCCUGAUGAAGGUGAGCUCCCUGAUGGAGAGCGAUAGUUUUCCACAGUCCUGGGACGCUGAUAAGCUUGUAAAGUUUCAGAUCAUCAUGGACCGACAGAUCGAGGAGAGCGAAUGUAUCACGAGAAUCAAAACACAAAAGGAAGAAGAUGAUUUUGCUGUGAGAGACGCUGCACUUACAGACUAUUUUGACAAACUCGAGAAACUUUUGAAAGAAAAGGAGUUCAGUGUGUGCGCGUGGGAAGUGGUUCGCAGGGAGGUGCUGUCUGUUCUAGCGCAGCUAAUAAAACCACAACUAAAAUUAAUUAGGAAUUAUUAA